GCCUUCUGGGUAGAGUCUGCGACUGGAACCAAGGCGCAGGCACUCAUUCUCCGCUGUACGUCUGGAGGCGGUAGUUGUGAGUGCUCUGAAUAGUGCCGUACGGAAGAAAACGGAACAGUAUAACUAGGACGAAAUAAAAACUAAUGGGAACAUUGACAGAAACACCCUAGCCUCUCACUGAAAAUAAUGGGCACUGUUAGCAUUCUUUAUUUGUUGAAAACGGAAAUUCUCGCCAUAUUUUUGAGGUGGCGUGUGUGCUGUAUGGCGAGCUCAACAUGGCGCUGCAAUGCAUAACCAGACUGAAUUAGUUUAUUGUUUAUUGAGACCUACGACGGUUGUUGUCACCUGUGCUCCUUGAAACAUUCACGACAACGAUUCACUUGGUGUCUUUUUACUAAUGGAUAUAUUUACUGGGGGCAGAAACGUAGCCUAUCACUGCGACUCCGUGGAUGUGGUCGUUCAUUGUCGCCUACUCGUCUUUCCCGGAUUUUUACCAACUGGAAAUGUAUAAAGACUAAGGAUGUUUUCGUAGUCUAAACUUACCUACAUGUCAUUUAACAAGCACAACAUUGUCACCCCUAUUUGCUGUAAAGGUAAAUUACAAAAGUAAUAUUAACCCCCGACGCACGAACUCUCGUUGGGUCGUUUUGACUGACUCGGGGAGCCUAGAGAACACGGCCAAAAAGUUCCAACUGGACAUCUUGUGUUUUGGCCAAGGACAAUCGAAUUUAGAGAAAUUAUUCUGGAAUUUCUAUCAGGAUUGUACCAGUGAGGGAUGGUGGGAGGCAGACUACCCAUGUGGUACUAACCAUCCAGGAACCACAUCACACAAAGCAUGGUGGAUGCGAGUGCUGCUUGCAGAAUGAACCCGCUAGCUGCCCUGGGCAUGGACCGUAGCAGCCUGAUGAGGGAGAGCCUCCGCGUCCACGGAGGGAUGGUCUACCCGGGCAUCCGCACCCUGUCCGCCUCCCAAAAAGCCAGAGAGGGGGUCUCCUCCUUGCCCCUGGGCUACGACCUUGUCUACAAACCCGAAGGGUUAACCUUGGAAGGCAGGAAGCCUGGUAACGGUUACGUGGGUCUGUAUAAGAGCUCUCCCCCCGGGUUGCAGAGGCCUGGUGGAGGAGGGGAGGGCCUGGGGAUGGAGCGGCGUGUGGGGCCUGGAGAUAAGCCCUCUGAGCUGGGCCUCAGCGGCAGCAACGGCUUCCUGCGACUGCCCUGGGCAGUAAACCCGUACGCUGACCCCGGACUGUACCCCUUCCUGGACUCCUCCAAAUACGCAGCCCUCAACAUGUACAAGGCCUCGUUCCUGUCCCAGCCCUCACCCUACCUGCCCCAGCACCUGGCCUACCAGUCCCUGUGUGGAGGGGCGGGGGGUAGCGCUGCUGGGGCAGAGCGCCUCUUCUACAUGCCCACGUACCCCCCGGCCCCCAUCUCCUCCCCCCUGGCCCCUCCUAUGAGGAUCCCCAUGGCCACGGUGGUCCCCAACACCCUCUCCCCGAUCCAGGGCCUGGGGCCCCGGAUCCACCACGAGGCCUCCACCUACGGGUCCCAGCUUCACCAGCAGCACCAGGCCCACCAGCAGUCCCAACCCCAUCACCAGUCACAUAGUGACAGGCAGCCCCAGUCCCAACCCCAUCACCAGUCACAUAGUGACAGGCAGCCCCAGUCCCAACCCCAUCACCAGUCACAUAGUGACAGGCAGCCCCAGUCCCAACCCCAUCACCAGUCACAUAGUGACAGGCAGCCCCAGUCCCAACCCCAUCACCAAUCACAUAGUGACAGGCAGCCCCAGUCCCAACCCCAUCACCAGUCACAUAGUGACAGGCAGCCCCAGUCCCAACCCCAUCACCAGUCACAUAGUGACAGGCAGCCCCAGUCCCAACCCCAUCACCAAUCACACAGUAGAGACAGGCAGCCCCAGUCCCAACCCCAUCACCAAUCACACAGUAGAGACAGGCAGCCCCAGUCCCAACCCCAUCACCAGUCCCAUAGUGACAGGCAGCCCCAGUCCCAACCCCAGUCCCAUAGUGACAGGCAGCCCCAGUCCCAACCCCAGUCCCAUAGUGACAGGCAGCCCCAGUCCCAACCCCAGUCCCAUAGUGACAGGCAGCCCCAGUCCCAACCCCAGUCCCAUAGUGACAGGCAGCCCCAGUCCCAACCCCAGUCCCAUAGUGACAGGCAGCACAACAACAGCAGCAGUAGUAAGUCCAGUCGGACUUCCUCUAGUAAGAGCUCUGGCAGCACCAUCAUUCACAACAGUAGCAGUAUUACCAGUAGUAGCAGUGCUGGAACUGGCAUUAGCAGCAGCCUACCAGUGGACUCCACCCAAGCACUUAUAAUGCAGUCCCCCCGCACAGCCACCCACCCCGCCCAGACCUCAGUCUCUCCCCCCGCUCCUCUCAUAGACAACAGCACUUUGGACAUCCAGAAGUCACUGUUCAGAAGCCCCCCCUGCUCCACCACCACCACCACCUCUUCCUCCCCGUCGGUGUCCCAUCCUUUCUACAUGAGCAGCAUAGCCUCUGAGCACCGCUCCCCGGUGCGAUCCGGCAGCAACACCCACAAAGCCAAACCCAAAGAGCUGGGCAGCAGCUCAGAGCACAGGAAUGUGGAGAGGAAUGGGGAAAGGAAGCGGAGCCAGUCCCCUUUAAAGACUUUGUCCUCUGAUAGACCAGCAGUACUACAGGCUCCUGCCAAAGACCCUGCGGACAAGCCUCUGGAUCUGUCAGCCAGAAUCCUGGAGUUGGAAGGCUCCCCCAACGGAUUCCCCCCAAAACUAGAGGCCUUGGCUAAGCUGGGCUACUCGCCCGCGGCUCGAUACGGCUUACCCCCCAGCCGGGAGCUCCUCAAAGAGACUCUCUCCCCGUCAGGGAUUUCCUCCAAAACCCCCGAGAGGCCUGAGAUCAUUAGCACUUUACGCUCCUCCUGGGUGGUGCCCAGCCCGACCCCGGUUCACGACAGCUCCAGCUCAGACGCCAACCACAACAAAGACCCCUCCGUCAUCAAACAUAAAAACCUGGAGAACUUGUCUUCGCCGCAGCAGCGAAGCUCUUCCUGUCCCAGGAUAGGUGAGGUCGAUGGGGCUGUCGUCCCCAGCCAUGCCCCAGCUGUUGUAGCCCCUUCUGGGAGCCGACCGUCCUCUGCCUCCCCGUCUCCCAAGGUCAACGGUGAUUGGCCAAGAUCCUCCCCCAACUACUCUGAGACAGCCCCUUCUUCCAACAGAGUGGGCAGCCAUCCCUCUUCUGGGAAGCCAUUGAAACCCCUCAAGAAACCAGAGGCUCAGGAGAUGCCCUUCAAACCCCAGCAGCCGCCCCACUUAGACAACGGCCAUCCGUCCGGCCACCCCCCCAGCCACCUCUACCUCCCCCAGAGUGACGGCUAUCUGCCCCCUAGCCUAGCCUACGCUAACAGAUACCUGCCCUACUCGGUCCAGGAGAGCAUGUCCCUGCCCCACAUGCCCAUGCCAGGCAAAGGCCCAGUGUACCCCCACCCUGUUCUGCUGGGCAGCAGCAGCUUGUACCCACCCCGCCUGCCCCCCAAGCACGGCCUCCCGUACGGCAUCCCCCCCAGCCACGGGGACUACCUGACCUUCCAUGACUCCCAGGAGAUGGUCCACCCCCUCAUGUCCUCCCCCCACACAGGCCUGGACCUCAAGACCAGCGAGCGGCUGCAGGAGCUCAGGUCCAGGCCCAAGGAGAAGAUUUGGCAGCACCACGAGGACUCUGCCCCGGCCUACAAGAGCCAGACCCAGGCCCCAGACACUAAACACACCCGCAGGGUGGACAGAGAGACCGACAGGUCCACAGGCCUGGGCUCAAAGAGCCUCAACCACAAUCCCCUGACGGGACCUAGAGAGGAGAUAGUCUGUAUCGACUUAAUCCAAUACGAUGGGGACAGCGACUCUCCCCUGACCAAAGCUGUCUCUCCAUGCGCUAAGAGAGGAGACCCUUCCAAACCAGUGGGUAGUGGGAGUAUCGGGAGAAAUGAGGGGAGAGAAGCAGAGCUUCAGCACAUGCUCCGUACCGGCCAGGCUGUUGAACUCAGGCCAGGCCAGGCCCACAGGCAGGCAGAACAGCAGCAACGCAGCCAGCUGUGGCUGGGCUUCCACCCUUCCUCCCUCCGUCCUGAGCCCCCAGCCCUCUCCCCCUGCCCCUUUCCCAGACAUGGGGAGGACAGCCCCAGCCCUGCAGAGAGCAGCCCCAUCUCUGACCUGCCAGAAGAGCAGACCCUUCGCUGCGCAAGGACUUCUGGAGACCGCACCUCUUGGGACCGUAGAGACCAAUCUUUAGAGGGCCUUAAGAGCAGGGACUGUACCUUUGAGGAUCCCACCUCUGUGGACCGUAGUUCUGGGGACCACAGUUUCUGGGACCAUACGCAUGAGGACUGUACUUUUAAGGACCGCAGCUCUUGGGACCGUACACGUGUGGAUCGUACAUGUAGGGUCCGCUCUUGCGAGGACCGCACCUCCGCAGACCACUCUCCUAGGGAACGCACCUUGAACGAAUCUGGGUUUAGGAAUGAAAGGACCAUGGACCACUACUCGGACCUGGACAAGGACAUGCACACGGACACAGAGUCCCACGAGGGUGAGGAGUACGACGACCAAGGCUGCCCCAGGGCCAGGAGGUCCAGCCUGGCCAAGCGCAUCGCAAACUCCUCUGGCUACGUUGGUGACCGCAUCAAGUGUGUCACCACCGAGCUGUACGCCGAUUCCAGCAAGCUGAGCAGAGAGCAGCGGGCACUGCAGAUGGAAGGCUUAACACAAGAGGACAGUAAAUUAAGUCAACCUGCUGCUUACUGUGAGCGUGCUAUGCUGCGCUUCUCUGAGCUGGAACUGAAGGAGAAGGAGGGAGGAGGAGGGGCGGCGGUGGACUUGGCAGACAGCCAGCGCGAGCGGAGAGAGGGGGAUGGAGAUGGAGGAGAGGACAGGGCGCGCUGCCAAGGCCCAGCCAGAACAGGGCCAGGGGCCUCAGCCCUCACAGACGAGGCUGAGAAGGACGGUGUGCAGCUGACGUGCCCCAACAACAGAGUGCCUGUUCUCCAGCGAUGCCCACACACCGAGGGCCUCCCACCCAGAGAGAGGGAGCAGGCUGGCCCCGACCUGGAGGAGAGGAAGAGGGGGAUGAUGAUGGAGAAAGAGGAGAGGGUGUGUGUGCUCCCACGGGAGUGGUCUGCCAGCCUGCCCACGGCCCCAGUGGAAAGGCUGGCCCAGAAGGAUGCCAACCCUGGCAUCAUGCCCACCAUGCCCACCGCGGUGCCUGGCAGGAAACACGCAUAUGCCCUGGAACCGUGCCAGCCACUCCAGGCCGACAGCCAGGGGAAAGAGCGGGAGGAAAAUGAGAGAGAAGAGGAGACGAUGGAUGUUCCAGCCAAAAGAGCCAGGCUAACAAACGGCCCCACUGAGCCCGUCCCAGAGGAACUAAAGAACCUCAAGGUGUGUAUCGAGCUGACCGGCCUCCGACUCAGCAAGCCCCGCCUCGCCCAGGAGCUCAGCCAAUGGCAGGCCGCCACCCAGAGGUCGACAGAGGUCAACGGAAGCAUGGCCAUGACGACGGCCCUGCCCGACGGGUGCCCCGAGGUUGGCGUCACAGACAGGAAGGUUGCCUCACAGGAAGACCGGAGCCUGAAACGCAGGUCAGAGGUCAACGGCCACGCCUGGUGCCAUGAAGCGUUUGGUCACGGCGACAUCGAGCGAGUGGUGCUGCCGUCUGUUCCUCUGACCCCAGCGCAUCGGGACCGCCUCUCCCGGACCCCGUCCAACAACCCUGUCAGAAAACCACCCCUGCAGACCACCACCCCUGCCCUCACCCCCUUUCACUCCCUGGCCCCUGCACACCCCCACAUCACCCUCACCCCCAGCCCUCCACGGCUGUCAGACAAGAGACAGAGGCUAAAAGAACACCGCAGGACCAGCGCUUUGGGACUGGGACCCCCCCACACCGGCCCUCACCCCGACCAUGACCCCAACCCAACGGGGGACCUGGUGGCCCCCAGACUCCGUCGGCACGGCGACCAGGACAAGCCCAAGGGCAAGCGGCAGUGCAAGACUAAACACACCAGCCAGAGGGAGAGGGAGAGAGAGGGGCUGGGGCCGGGGAAUGAAGAACUGAGGGAUGAGAGGGAGAGAGAGAGGCCGGGGCCGGGGAAUGAAGAACUGAGGGAAGAGAGGGAGAGAGAGAGGCUGGGGCCGGGGAAUGAAGAACUGAGGGAAGAGAGGGAGAGAGAGAGGCCGGGGCCGGGGAAUGAAGAACUGAGGGAUGAGAGGGAGAAUAAGCAGGUCAAGGAAAAGCGAUGCAGCGAGAAGCGGAGGAGGUCUUCAUCCCUGUCGGAUUACUCCCACUCCUCCCCUGCCCCCCCUCUCACACCGCCCCCCCAGCUCAGCCCUCUGCCCAGCCCUACAGAGACCCAGGACCGCACGCCAACCCCCUCCAACCCCCCGCUGCCCACCUCUACCCCUACCAGCCGACCCAUGCCUCCCGAGGCCCGCAGGCUCAUCGUCAACAAGAACGCAGGAGAGACCCUGCUCCAGAGGGCUUCCCGCCUAGGAUACGAGGAUGUAGUGCUGUACUGCCUGGAGAACAGGGUGUGUGACGUCAAUCACCGUGACAACGCAGGCUACUGUGCGCUGCACGAGGCAUGUGCACGUGGCUGGCUUGCUAUCACUCAGCACCUGCUGGAGCACGGUGCCGACGUCAACUGUAGCGCCCAGGAAGGCACCAGGCCCCUCCAUGACGCGGUGGAGAAUGACCAUCUGGAAGUGGUCCGUCUGCUACUGUCCUACGGAGCUGACCCAACCCUGGCUACAUACUCUGGCCGCAGCCUCCUCCGCAUGACGCACUCCCACGGCAUGGAGGGAUUCCUCUCUGAGUAUUUUUCCGACCUGAAGGGGCGUGAAGACACUGACGAAGGCAUCUACUGGGAGUUUUACGGCAGCGCCGUGUGUGAGUCAGGUGAGGACCCAGCAGCCUAUGACAUCCUGGCCAACCCUCCAGGCCCAGGAGAGGAGGAGGAGGAGGACACGAGGCAGGGCUUUGAGUUUGAGUUCUCUGACCGACCCCUCCUGCCCUGCUACAACAUUCAACUCUCCCUCUCACAGGGUCCCAGAAACUGGCUGCUCCUAUCAGACGUCCUGAAGAGACUCAGAAUGUCCUCCAGGGCGUUCAGGGCAGCUUUCGCCCAUCUGGAGGUAGCAACCAUCGCCGAGGCAGAGUUCUACAAGCAGGCGUCACUGUCGCAGCUCUUCUCGUGCCCCGACGAGCUCGCCACCUUCCUCCCCGACAGCAAGGAGCUGCUGGACCUGGUUGAGACCAGCUCGGAGCUGGCUGCGCUGCUCGGCUCCUCGCUAGAGUGUUUGGACAGCCGAUGGGAGCCCAAAGGGGCCCGGGUCAAAGCUAAAGCCCGCUCGUGACCCUGAGAUACACACACAGAGGGUGACUCAAUAAGAUCUACUUUCUCCUGAAGUGGACACUCCUUCACUAGUUCCCACAAAUCUGGUGCAGUUAUUUGGCUAGUGGUAGUUUUCCACCAUAUUUCUUAUACCAGUCCUUUCCUUUCAAAUCGGUGAAGGGAAGUGAACACUUUGGGAGGAAGGAGAGAGUAUUGGGACGUAGCCAACACACACACAUGCUCCAUGUGUAUCUAGUGUACCGUUCCCAUGCCCUGUGAGGACUGGACGUUGAAUACUGGACAAUAUCCCUUCAAAGAGGAAACAGACCCCAGCGCCACACAAACUGCAUUUUUUCAAUAAAUAUAUUAUAUAUGUAUACAUUAACAGCCAAUUUUAUUUGUUCUAUAUAUAUAUAUAUAUAUAUAUGUAUAUCCAUACUGUAUAUCUGCUGCUUUGGUUGUCAUGUUGUGGUCAGGUUGUCGGUUUUGACACUGUUUGGGUUGACUAGGCUAGUGAACAGGUCAGGAGCAAUGUGAGUCGAAUGUGGACCUCUGAGGUAAAGGUUAUUGUUUGACUUUGGAUCAUGGCAGUGCACUUGAUUUAAGCUUUACCGACCCAUCGGACUUUGUCAGGUGCUUGAUAGAUAUAUAUAGAGGUGAACUGUGACAAACAUUUUAGCACUCAUGGCUCAUCCCAAAGAUUUGGGGAUUUUUAUUUUCGACAUUGUGUCUAAAAACCUAGCUUUAUUUGUCUCUUAUUUAUGAUAAUGAGGAAUGAAGAUAUUUGAUGUGGGUUUUAUGUAAAAUAUAAAUGUAAGAUACAACAUGUUAAUUGGAGAGUGAGAUUCAUGCUUGAACUUGUAAAUAAGAUGACCAUUUCACUAACUGUUUUUCUGACUGGGGUGUUUGAUUGAUUUGUUUGUUUUGGCAAUGUAAGUGUUUAAACUUUUUAAUUAAAUACACUAUUAUUUGUAUUUAUAUUUUACAAAAAAGUUCAUUUAAAUAAAUCGCAAUAAAAGUGAA